CAACGGUCGGAAAUUUACACCUUGACCCCAACUUAAAACCCUAAUUUUCAACAGGAGUUCCAAUUUUCAUGGACAGCAAGAGCAAGAUCCUUCCCAAGUUCCUAUUCUGAUCAUAAUCGAUCGCUAUGUUUGGGAUUUGACGGUUAAAGUAGUUGAUUCAGUUACCCCCAUCACUGCGAGCGCGCACUGACAACUAGUUCUGAAGAAACAGGUUUCCCGGUUUGGGAUUGGUAGCAAUCAUCAUCAUCAUCAUCAUUAUCAAUCCUUAUCAUUAAUAGCGCUUCCAAGGUAGUCUUAAUGGGCUUAGCUGGCCCAAAACGGCAAGUAUCGAAGACGUUUUGAUGGUAUUGCCCUGCGUUCUUAUGCUAUGAAAAGCCGCAAGAAGCUACCCCACCGAGGGCUGCUUUCGCGAAUGAUUUCCUGCUUAGGUUUGUGCCCAUGAUUUCUGGGUUUGCUUUCUGAAAAUAACCGAUUCCGCCACUGGCAAUGAAGAUUUUGCGCUUGACUCCGUGGUCUGUGACUCUAAUUAAAGUAUCAUACCAAACCAAAAGGAUGGAGAAGGGGAAAUUUACACAAGGGAUGCCUUUACUAUUCUUCUGCUAUAAAGUCCAAAUCGAAGAAUCCCACUGGCGUCGGCAAUCUCCUUCUUUCGGAGGAGUGGGUUCUGAAGCAAGCAUCCAUCUCCAUUUGGAUCAUUGAUGUUCCAGCCGAGGGUGUUCUCAUUCAGAGGAAUGAAGGUGGCGCCUUUCUCAUGCGCACCAACUGUUCCACAUAUGGGCCGUGUGGGUUGUAAUGGUUUAAUUACUGUGAAUACAUACUGGGAAUUAUGAGCUAGGUACGAGGAGUUAGUCAAAUUUACCAAGCAAGAAAUCAAGGGAUACCGAAGACAACAUGAACUUGGUGAGAUGUUGAUGAGGAAGCAAAGAAUUUGGCUAAAGCUCAUACCAUGUAUAAUUAUAUCUUUAUGAAGUAUAUCCGAAGCCUCUUAUUCAUGCAAUAGUCUUAGAUUUUAAAUAAACAAUAUUUUAAAAAAAGGAUGACACACUGAGCUGUUAAACCUCUGAAUCUUACUAUAGUUUAGUAUUUGUAUUAACUUACUAGUCAGUUAAUCAGAAAAUAUAAAUUAGAAUAACCAAGAAUAUUUGUCUAAAUAUAUUUAUCAGUGUCUUUAGAGUUUCAAUAUGCUGCUCUUAAAUAUAUACAUAUACACACGCACAAUACCUAUUAAAGGUGCUUCCAAUGGUGACCCAGACCCCUCAAUCCUUGCAGCCCUUAAUAUUUUCAUUAUUUUUUCGUAUUCUUUCACCAAAAAACAUUCCUCACCAUAUUAUCACCAAUGCUUGAAAGCUUUUCAUGGUAUGCGGCUGGUAACUGCAGGGACCUUCUCAAUUUGGAUGUUAUUCCAACUAAAAAGAAGUUUAGAAGAGGAACAAUUUUGGUUUCUUUUUCAUUACAAAUUAUAGAUACACUGGCCAGACUUGGGCAGCAAUGGAGGGCUUAUAUGCAUCGGGUCAAGUAUUGGGGUCAGCAACUUCUCAAUUAAGAAGCCAUCAGACCUGCUCAAGAUUACCAAAGAACCAUCUGCUGUCAAUCAGGCAUGUUCCCCUCUAAGAUCUCCUGGCUCUUUGGUUAACGAUUUGAAGGUGUGAAGUGGUGAACAAUAAAGGCCUGGAUCAAGCAAGAAGCAUCUCUUCUGUAGCAGAAAUAAUAAAAGCCCAUUGAAGGAUCGUCUAACUUUCAAAACUGCCAGUCCAAGGUGUAGGAAACCAGGCCAAUUUUGUGUUUGUUAAGGACUUCGGGACCGAUGACAAUGACUUUGUUAGAAUGGAGGUGAAGAGUCUCAAUGCAAGAAGGAUCGCUCUCAAAAAUCUCAAAGACUAGCUCAAUUUUUUUCAUGUGAGCUUUGUUUUAAUCUUUUCCCCUACUUCUAGGGUUUGCUUGCCAUUUUACUUGUUUUCAUUUGGUCCUAUUUGAUUGAUGAGAAAAUGAUGGAAAAUUUCCAUGGAAAAUGCAUCUUAAUGCUUAAGUCAGUUUGGUUAAUUUCCAUUAAAAAAUUUAUGAAGAA